CAAUAGUGGAUGAUAAACGGGAGAACGCGCGGGCGCGCUACCGCGUCCGCGUAAACCACCGUCACAUCGGUCGGCGUUAGCGGUCUGUGGACACUUUAUCGUUUGCACAGGGAGAGCGACAUAGGUGGGACAAGAGGUGUGAAUGACGUGCGAGCAGGAGAGAGAUACGUCCACACAGAGUUAAUCCUCCGAUCCGAACUGUCGCGUAUACACAUCCACGUAUCGCGGCCGCGCCGGCAGCACCAAGUAAUUAGUCACACUACGAAGGCGAAUGAUCGAAAAGAGACGGCUUGGUGACAGCAACAGAACCAUCAAAACGUUACCUCACAACCGAAAUACGCAUACUCCCCAAGGUCCACGUGCGACUUCAAAACAAUAACACACGCACCCAAAAUAAUCGGAACUAUAAUCUUUUCAUUUUAUUCUUUCGUUUAAAAGCAAAUGGACAACUAAUAGAAAACGUCGAUCAAUCGGUAAACACUGAAAUGAGUCCAAAUGCAACCGAAAAUAGUACAAUUGUGAGACAGAAUGGAAAUGUACACAAUGAUUGUUCCAAUGGAUGUUCUGGUAAUUUAAGUUCAACAAAAGUUCAAGGUUGGAAAAAUCAAGUGUUGUUGAAAAUUGAUGAAGUUUUCAAUUUAUUUAAACACUAUUGCUUAAGGGCCUAUGUUAUAUUUUGGCAUGAAUUGUCAAUGGACAAGAGGGUAAGAAGUAGUCCUUAUAGCGCACCUCCACCUGAUGAAGUGGUUUUGUCUGAUGAUGAUAUUUUUAGUAUAAGACGUCGACGGCUUUUUUUUUUAAGUAUACAUCUAGCGGCUUUAGCAGGUCUUUACUGUUGUAUUACAGGUCAAGUCAGGCUGUACACUGUAUUGUUUAUGUUGAUGUUAGGCGCUUUAUCAUCGAUUGGUAUAACAGCUGGCGCUCAUCGAUUAUGGUCUCAUCAUUCUUAUAAGGCUAAAUGGCCACUCCGUGUUAUUUUGGCUAUAUUUCAGACCGUUGGCGUUCAAUAUAGUAUUUUUAAUUGGGUUAGAGAUCAUAGGAUACACCAUAAAUAUACGGAUACGGAUGCUGACCCGCACAACUCCAACCGUGGCUUUUUCUUUUCACAUGUUGGUUGGGCAUUAUUAAUGCCUCAUCCGGCUUAUGAGUCCAAGGUAUCGACGAUUGACAUGAGUGACAUGGAAGCCGAUUGGAUUGUUAUGUGGCAGUACAAAUUGUAUGCACCAUUGGCCACUCUUUUAAGUUACGUGAUACCCACUGUAAUACCUUGGUGGUUGUGGGGAGAAAAUUUGAUUGUAGCUCAUCUUGUGGCAGCUCAAUUCCGUCAAGUACUUACAUUGCAUGGCACGUUUCUUAUCAACAGUGCAGCACAUAUGUGGGGAGUCAGGCCGUACGACAAAAAUAUCAAUCCUACCGAAAAUAUGAUUGUUUCGGUAGCAACCUUUGGGGAUGGUUGGCAUAAUUACCAUCAUACUUUUCCGUGGGACUACAGAAAUGCAGAACUUUUGAAUUACAAGUUGAAUAUAUCGACCGCUUUUAUUGAUCUAUUUUUCUGGAUUGGUUGGGCUUACGAUUUGAAAACUGUACCUACUGAACUAGUGGCUAAACGUGCGUUGAGAACAGGUGAUGGCUCACGUCCUCACGACGACCCGUCUGAGAGCAAUCCCGAAAAGAAUGUCUUUGGAUGGACUGAUAGUGAUAUGCCAGAAGAACAUCGGCAGAUAGCGGAGAUAUACAAAAAAUCCGAAUAAUAAUUCCCUGCUUACCUAUUAUGUCAACCAAAAGCAUUUCUACAUAACUGUAAUAUUUUCUUUCAACAUUUAUAUGCUCUAAAAAAAAUCUUCAUACUAGACAUUUUUUAGCGACAAACUUUAAUAGGGAAGAAGGCAAACUUAUUUUAUUUUAUAAAUUAUUGUAAUAUAAUAGCGUAUGAUAUUAACAGAAUAUUAAUUAUAACAAAUAAACAUGUUUUAAUGUUUAGGUAUCUUGUUAAAGACUGGGUCUACGGGUGAUAAUCGCUUAAAAUUCAAUUCUUAUUGAGUUUUUUUGGGCGAUUUAAAAAUACGACUAUGGGAAACGAGACGAAAUGACACGUGGACCAAAUUUUUUUAUUAAUUUUUGUAGAUUUUCGGUUAUUUAAUUUUCUUUUAUGAUAUUAUUAUCUCUAAGAAAAAUGUAUAGUAUUAGGUUACACACAAAUAUAUUAUCUGUAUUUAUUAUUA